CUUAGAUAUGGAAAUCACCAUUUUCUAUAGAUGCAUCCUCUUCUUACUGGUGCUUGCUUGCCAUGGUGAUGCAAGGGUUUUGGUGGAGCAUGGAAAAUAUGAGGCAGCAUCCACCAUGUCCCAGAUCUCAAAUGAUUUCGACAGCAAAGAAUCCAAUCUGGCAAAAGAUCAAAAUGUUUCUCAAUUGAAAUCUUCAAAGGAUUUCGACCUUUCGACCAAGGAUGUCGACCUCGAGUACAAAUUUAGACAAACCGAUCCACAAUCCCAUGACUCCAAACAUCAGGGUCCUACGCAUAUUGUAGGAUAUGUCCCAGUUUUCCUCCACGAGAGCGAUCUGAGACUUGGAAACAAACUCAAUAGCUACUACUUGGGUGUUAACAUCUCUCAAACCCCCUCCCCUUUACCGCGCCAAGAAGCCGAUUCAAUCCCCUUCUCAUCCAAAUCUGUUGCUGAUCUCCUACAUCACUUCUCAAUCAAUCCCAAUUCUCCUCAAGCUAAACAAGCGAAGAAAACCCUUCAGAUAUGUGAGGAGCCCCUGGCCAAAGGAGAACAUAGGGUAUGCGCCACAAGCCUCGAGUCUAUGCAUGACUUUGUCUCAUCAAUUUUCGGCCCUAAGGCCAAUCUCCAAGUGGUGGCCACUACCAUUCAUAAUAGAGAGAUUCAUUCCCCUGCUGUCCAAUCGUACACUGUAAAAGGAAUUAUUUUUAGAUCGACAACUCCAUCGUUGGUUGCCUGUCACGCACUUCCCUACCCCUACACUCUGUAUUAUUGCCAUGAAGUGAUCAAAGCGAAAGUAUUCAAGGUGAUGCUUAAAGGCGAGGAUGGAAACAAGGUUGAUGCAGCUGUAGUUUGUCACUUAGACACCUCUCAUUGGGACCCAAAUGAUGAGGCUUUUAAGGUACUCAAGAACAAGUCAGGCGAACCUGUUUGCCAUUUACUACCAGAGAACAACUUGGUUUGGCUUUCAACACCAGUUUAAGAAACUCUGUAAUCCAAAUCAAGCAGAGCAUGUUGCUUGAUGAACAGUUCGGAUGCCAUGUUGUUUUCAACUUUGUAAUAAGGCAUUCAUCAAUCUCA